GGAAAUACCACCCCACGUCCGACGUGGCUGGCUCUCAGUACCUACGUCACAUCGAAUGGUCAAGAUUUCCGACCGGGUAAGACGCGUGGCAACUUGAGUGGAAGCGCCCAAACAAUGUGUGCAUCGAUCUCUAGAAAUUGACAUUGUCAGGAAGUUUAAGGAUAGUUGGUCACAUAUUAUUGGCUCGUUGGUACCCAAAAGGUAAGUACUCAAAAGGGUAAUACCCUUUGUAAGAAUAAUUCCUUGAUAGAGACACUCCUAAGCUUUUUGUUCUUCCUGCUUUGUCGCCUAUGAUGUAUUUGAUCAAUCGACUGCGCCAUGGUUAUUCACUAGCUGGGCUAUAAGUGCGUGAAUUGGCCUCGUAUGGGUUUCUUCAAGUAUCUUCGAUUAUCGUCUUGGAACAUACACGAGCCCAUUAGAUGCAAAGAUGCAGAUGAACAGGGACCUCAGCGCAUCCUGCUUGGAAGUCGAUGGGGCUUUUCUAUAUUACGAGAUGAUCGGGGAUGGGCCACUACUUAUUCCGAUGCCCGGGGCAAACGGCACUGGAACACUGUACGAGCCGCUAGCUGCAGCCCUUUCCUCGCAUUUUGCAGUCGCUCUAUACGACCGCCGAGGAUUCGGGAAUAGUCUCCUCGAACCCCCCGGUGAACCAAAUGAGAUAACUCAUUUGAGAGCGCAAGGAGACGAUGUCGCUAGAUUAAUCCAGCAUCUGUCACCUGGGAAACCCGCGACAGUAUUUGCAACAUCCGGAAGCGGAGCGAUGGCCAUUGAACUCCUCCAAUCUCACCCAGGUCUUGUACACAAGAUGAUACUACAUGAGCCACUCCUUGCUUCGCUGCUUCCCCCCUCAGCCAGAGUAGAUAUCAAAAGGAGAAUGAUCGAAAUAAUCCUGGCGUACGGAGCAUCCGGAAAUGCGAAGAUUCGGCGGGCUCUGAUCCCUUUCAUGCAAGGCAAGCGUGACCAGCAGAGAUUAUCUCGACAUCCCCAUUUCGAACGACUUUCGUCUCAGCCGGGCGACCAAACCGAGCUGUUUUAUCAGUAUGAAUUAUCGCUGGUGAUUGACUAUGACUUCGACGUUGAAAGACUAAGCGCAUACCGAGACAAACUGGUCCUGAUGAAAGGAGUGGACAUAUCGCCAGAACUUUGUAGUAGACCUCUGAUCAGUUUAUCGAAGUCCCUCGGGGUCCCUAUAAUAAUGACUCCUGGAGGGCACAACGGAUAUAUCACUGACACGGAAGAAUUCUGCCAGAAGCUGAUUGCAGCCGCGAGCAGUGAUAAGGCUAGUAAGUUGUGA